AUGCCCACUAGAACAUCGACGCGUCAAGCAGCGGCGAAAGCGAACGAGGCAUUGCAGCACAGUACCCGUUCAAAGAAGGCGUCUGGCAGUAAACGAAAAGGAUCGACCGAAGAAGAAGCGCCUAAGACCAAACGUGGAAAGAAGGUCGGAGAAGAUCAGGAUGCUCAUGCCGAAUUGGAGUCUCCUUCAGAAGAAAAGCCCAAUGAGCCUCCCAAAGGCCAGUUGAAAGAGGGCAAAAAGAAGAAUGGGCAUCAGGUCAAUGCAGAAACAAAAAAGCCUAGCGAAGAAGCAGAGGAGAAGAAAAACGUUGAGGAAGGGUCACAACAAGAGCCCAAAGAAGGUGCCAAAAACGGAGGCGAUCUACAUCAAAAGGGGGCGGUAAAAACAUCACAGAAAAGGAAAGAAGAAGUUCCAUCAAAUAUACUAGAGAAAGGAAUCAUUUAUUUCUUCUUCCGUUCUCGAGUCAGCGUCGAUGAGCCAGAAAGCAUGGGGGAUGUGGCCCGCAGCUUCAUCGUUUUACGGCCGCUGCCGUUGGAUGCAGAGCUAGGAAAAGGCCCGAUUGGAGACGAGUCAAAUUGCCGUUUACUUCUUUUACCCAAAAAGAAGCUCCCGUCAUCAUCUCGUGAGAGGUAUAUGGGAUUCGUGGAGAAGGCCGGCACCACACUCGAAACCAUAAAGGACUCGUUUCUCGGUUCGGAAUACGAAACAAAAACAAAGGGACACCAGGAGGUGCCGAGUGCAACGCCACUUGCCGAAGGAGUUUACGCGAUCACAUCCACAACUCGCAGUUCCCACUUGUCGUAUAUUCUCACUAUUCCCGAGGAGCCGUCAGAGGUUCAGAUUGAUUUCGGUCUAGAUAAGAAAGGGUCUUUUAUUGUCAGCUCGAAAAGUCCGAAGUUUGCUGGACCAUCAACCGCUCGCCUGCCAAAGGACCCUGAAUAUCCGCAGGAGAUCUUGGACGACUUUCGUGACCUUCGUUGGGUUCCAUUAGAACCAAAAUUCAUUGAUUACCCUAAUGCACAGUUCCUCAUGAUUGGAGAAGCCCAAGGCGAAUUAGCGAAAGGCGGCAUGACGGAAACUAAACAAGGCGAAACGGAAGAGGCAGGCGAAGAACUCGAGCAGCUGGAGCAUGAAAAUGAAAUUCGUGCCUCUCCAAUCCAAGACGACCACAUGGUUUUCGAUGAUUUGGGAAUGGGCGCGAAGGAAUUUUCAUCCAUGCCCACCACAUGGGGAUGA